ACUGCCAGACGACUGCUCUUACUGCCUGAGCCACAUCAGCCCUACUGCCUGAGCCAUGCUAAUAAGGUCACGGAACACACCGGUGUUAUGCCACUUCCUGCUGAUGACAAGAGAGCAAAAAAAAGUUUGUUCUGUAGUUACUGGCAUAUUUCUCUCACGACACAAGGCAUAUUGCCACUCCAGACACAGUUGUUUCAGCAUUUCUCAGUGAGUAUUUUUUUUUUUCAACCUUUUCAACGUUACAUCUUAAAAUUAAGUGCAGGGAAACAUUUUGCUACGUGUACCAUCAGCACUAUCACUACCCAGUACAUAAAAAUCCCAGGACGGCAGCAGUUUCUGCGAUGCUGGUAGCACCCCCACCACAGCUAGCUCUAACAAUCACACCACAGUCAAUGUUACUGAACAACAGCAAUAUCUUUUAACUGCGAGGAGUCAGAGAAGUACGGGUUAUGAGAAGACAAGAAGACAUGACUGUGUGUCACGGCUGCGUUUUCAGUACAAGGAACUCCAUGUGGCUCAGUGUGAGUGUGCUGGUGCUUCUGCUGCAAGAAACCUCUGGGCAGAUUGUGACCCAGACCCCAAGCACGGUCGUGUCGAAGCUGAAUGGGAACGCCACUCUGUCCUGCAGGUUCUCCCACACACCGGACCAGGAGGUGAAUGGGGUCAUCCUGUACUGGUACCGCAAAAAGGACGAAAUUGCCUACCCCACCUCCCAUGCCCUACCGGAGUACCAGAACCGUGUCCAGACCAUUGAACGCAGUAAGACCGCUGAGGACAAGUCCAUGGUCCUGUUGAACGUAAGCUGGACAGACUGUCACAGGUACCACUGCCUGCUGUCAUACGAUAUCGGGAAAAAACCGGAAAGGAAGAGGGGAUCAGGAGUACUGCUCCAGCUGUACGAUUCUAUGACCUUUGGCCGUGUCCCUGAGAUGGGGAGCAGCCUGCGGUGUUCUGUGAGAGUGUCUCCGGACCCCGGCUUCCGUCUCAGCAUGUUCCAGAACGGCGAGUACGUCCACACUGCCUAUACCGUCACCCCCAGCCCCAACUACUCCACGCUGUCACUCAUCCUCCCGAUCCUCGACGGCGUGAGGUACGAGUGUCGACUCAAUCACAGCUCUGAUGUGCUCCUCAGGGAGGCCUACUACAUCCCAGAACUCCCUGAGCCAGUCUUCCUCUACGUGGCCAUUCUGCUUGUGCCUUUCAUCGUUUGUGUCAUCUUCCUGACUGUGCUCCUCAUCCAAUCCAGGCACUGAGGAGAGGCUUCCUGCAAACAUGUGUAACUGCCCAGGGGAAACCUUGUCUUUGCUUCCUCAGCAUAUUACAAAGAAAAAAGACCCAAACACAAACUACUUAACCGUGUUAAAAUAACAUGAAUCGAGUUUAGAUUAGUCGAAAAAGGGACCACACAGUUAAAAGUACUCUAUAAAGAGUUGUUGUUGUUUUUUUUUGUUUUGUUUUGUUUUUACAUUGAACUUUUUUUUUGUGUGGGCCUUUCCAACUGCCAAUUUCAGUGCAGGAUAUACAAAGAUCAUGUACAUGGUAAAUGGACUGCAUUUACUAUAUAGCGCUUUACAACUGAUGCCUCUCAUUCAGCCAUUCAUACACACACACUCACACACAAACGGAAACAGGCUACCAUAAAAGGUGCCAAACAGCCUCUUAGUGGUCAGGUGCCUUGCUCAGGGACACACCAAGAGUGGAUGAUUGGACUGUCAACCUUCCGACCGCUCAUAUCAACUAAGCUAAUAUCGCCCACAUACAAGGAAUCUGCCAGUUGCUGUCAAAGGCCAAAUGCAGGGAGAGCCAAACUGCCUGGAAACCACGGCUUGAAAACUUCUGUCAUGCAAUGUUCUUCCACCUAUCACAUCAUUUAGAAACUACAGAGCCAUGGGGGGAGGGAUGUGAAAAUGAUGUUCCACUUAAGCGUAUCGCGAAAGGCGUAUUGCGAAACCACAUAAGGUGUUGUUCCUCUCAAAGAGCUUGCUAACAUGCUUAUGCUUAUUAAGGAUGAAAAAAAAAAAAAAAACUUGUACUUGUACUUGUAUAUAUAUACAAUAUAUAUAUAUAUAUAUGAUGUAUACUUUUACAUAGAUAAAACUAUAAAUGUACAGUAAAUAUCAAUGAAAAUUAUUAUUCUUUUUUAAAUGAUCAGACUUAUAAAAAAAAAUUAUGCUUGGGGUGUUUACUUCUUUUUUUGGCAUUGUGGAUGUACUGAACGUUGAAAAAGCCUACUGAACUUGGCAUAGCAAAAAUGGAGAAAUGAGCUUUCUGAUAAACAAUGUCUGAAUGUCUGAGACUUAUUGUACCAUAGCGCUUCUGUGAUUUCAACUGUAUUGUAACUUCCCAUUUGUAUGAUUUGACAUUCUGACUCAAGUGGGAACCUACACUCAGUGAGCAAUUCAUUAGAUAGACCUGUAUACCAGCUUGUUAAUGCAAAUAUUGAAUCAGUCAAUCAUGUAGCAGAAACUAAAUGCAUAAAAACAAGAAGAUGUGGUAAAUAGGUUCAGCUGUUUUUCAGACCAAAUGUCAGAAUUAAAUGUGAUCUAAGUGACUUUGACCGUGGAAUGAUUGUUAGUUCCAGACAAGGUAGUUUCAGUAUCUCAGAGACUGCUGAUCUCCUGGGAGUCUCAAGAGUUUGCAGAAAAUGGUGUGAAAAACAAACCAAAAAAACAUAAUCUGCGGGCAAAACGGCUUGUUAAGGCUGUUGAGAGAGGUCAGAGGAGAAGGGCCAGACCGGUCAAAGCUGACAAGGUGACAGCAAUGCAAAUAAGCACACAUUACAACAGUGGUAUGCAGAAGAGCAUCUCUGAACACACAACACAUCAAACCUCUAAGUGGAUAGGCUACAGCAGCAGAAGACGUCUAAAACAUAAUAAAUACCUAAUAAAGUG